AAGUAAUAGAAUUGUGUGUAUAGUUUCGAAAGAAGACAGUGAAAACAACUUUCGAAAAUCAAGGAAAACAAUAAUAAAGAAAACAUAAAAUUAUUAAAUUAAGUGGUUUAAUUAGUGUUUAUUUCAAUUAUUAGCAAUUCUUCUUGUGACCUGAAAGGAAAAACAACAUAAUCUUGACAAAAUGGCUAUGAGUAAAACAACCUCGACUUACAACAGGACGAACUGGGAAGAUUCCGAGUUUCCAAUUCUGUGCCAGACGUGUUUAGGCGAUAAUCCUUAUGUUCGAAUGAUCAAAGAACGUUAUGGCAAGGAAUGCAAGAUUUGUGCACGUCCAUUCACAAUAUUCAGAUGGUGUCCAGGUGCUAGAAUGCGAUUUAAGAAGACCGAAAUCUGUCAGACAUGCUCAAAGCUUAAAAAUGUGUGUCAAACUUGCUUACUGGAUCUUGAAUUUGGACUUCCAACGCAAGUUAGAGACGCUGCCUUAAAGAUUCAAGAUGAGAUUCCUCAAAGUGAUGUGAAUAAGGAAUAUUAUUUGCAAAAUGUUGAGAAACAAAUAGAAUUAAAUGAUGGACAAAUGCCGAAUAGCAGUGGAAAGGCACAAGCUGCUUCUGAUGUUUUAGCUAAGCUGGCUCGUACCACACCAUAUUAUAAGAGAAAUUUACCACAUAUCUGCUCAUUUUGGGUUAAAGGAGAGUGUAAAAGAGGUGAAGAAUGUCCUUAUCGUCAUGAAAAACCGAAUCAACCUGACGAUCCACUUUCUGAGCAGAAUAUUCGUGACAGAUACUAUGGAGUAAAUGAUCCAGUAGCUGAAAAGUUACUUAAGAGGGCUGCAUCAUUGCCAGUACUUGAAGUUCCAUCAGACAAGACCAUAACGACUUUAUAUGUUGGAAAUCUGAGUGAACAUUUAACAGAAGUUGAUAUUCGUGAUCAAUUCUAUCAAUAUGGAGAGAUUCGUAAUGUAACUUUAGUUCCAAAACAGCAAUGUGCAUUUGUACAAUUUACUAAGCGAUCAGCUGCUGAGCUAGCUGCUGAGAAGACGUUUAAUAAACUAGUACUUGGUGGCAAGAAAUUAAGUGUUCGAUGGGCAUAUUCACAAGCGAAACAAGCAACAUCUUCAUCACAAUCGGCACCACUGAGACCACGAAUUGAUCCUCGACUUGAUCCAGUUCCUGGACUUCCUGAUUUACCAACUCCAAAUGAUUAUUUCAACUUGAAUGCUACCGAUAUGAUGAUUUUACCGCCAGGACUUAAAAUCAAUCAAAUUCCACAGCAAUUUUUACCACCAUCAAUGCCUGGACCGUCAGGAAUUCAUUAUCCAUCAAUGGAUCCAAAUCGUCUUGGAUCUUUACAGAAAUAAUCAUGAUCAA